GAUAGACUUUCACGUCGAGGUUUUGCGCCCAGCAGCCCUACCCCAGCUCUACCCCUCCGGCCCGUCCUCCGGAUCCUGGCGUCAUGUAUUAACUGAUCCAUGAUAUGUAUCCAUUACUUACAAUAUUUGUUAAUUCUAAAAUCAAAUAAAUGAUAAUGAAUUAUUUGAUUUGAUUUGAUUUGAUUUGAUUUGAUUUUAUUCACCAACGAUAACAACAUAUUUACAGAUGUUUACAUAUUACAUUAUUAUGUCAUGCAUAUAAAUAUUACAGAAAUGAAACAUACAUGUAUAUGUUAAGAGCUGAUAAAAGGGACCAGAAAAUAGCACAAGUGCUAAUCGAGCCUGGCCCCUAUACAUAUUAGUAAUAUAGGCGAAUAUUGAACUUUAAAGUAUGUUUUUUUUAAAAAAAACAACAAAAACAACAACUACAAAAAAAAAAAAAAUAAUAAAAUUAUGAGUGUAACAUUUAUGUUAUAUACAGAGCAAUAUGAUAAGUUAUUGAUUUAAUAAAUGAUUUUGUAAUGAAUUCCUGAAAUCGUUUCUGGAUACUUUUAGUUUGAUGGCUAAUGGUACAUUAUUCCAGUAAUCACUUCCUAAGAAAGAUAGAGAGAAUUGUCCUUGAGUAGUCCGUAAUUUUGGUAAAUGUACUUGUCGACCUUCUUUUUGUCUUGUUGGGUAUCUAUGCUCUAUUACAUCGCAAUAAUCUACUAAAGAGUGAGGUAAGUUAUUAUUACCCAGGUCAUACAUGAAGGUACAUAUAGAUAAAUUGUGCAUUUCAAAUACAUUUAGGAUCUUUAAAUUCUGAAAUAAUACACGUGUAUGAGCUCGCCACUCACUGAAUGUGAUGGCACGUACUGCCAUUUUUUGGGUGUAAAAUAUACAAUUUAAGCUACUCUUGUAAGUACUCCCCCACACCUCGAUUCCAUAAGUUAUGUGUGGCUCUAUGAAUGCCUUGUAUAAUAAAUGGACAUUAGACCAAGUGUGAAUUAGACCAAGUGCCGAUAAGCCCAACUGGGCAUUAGACCAAUUGGUGAUUAGACCAAGUGGUCAUUAGACCAAAUGGAUUAGACCAUUUGGCUAUUAGACCAAGUGGUCAUCAGACGAAUUGUAUAUUUGACCAAAUGAGAAUUAGCCCAACUGGUUAUUAGCCAAAAUGGAAAUUAGACGAAUUGGAUAUUAGACCAAGUGGGAAUUAGACAAAUUGGAUAUUAGCCGAACUGGUUGCAGACGAAAUGAGUUUAGACGGUGUAAUGUUAGAGGCGCACGGCCACUUUAUAGUCUAAAGUAUUGGGAGACUCUCUCCCAUAUUGGAGACUUGGGACAACGUGAGACAGGUUACUGAUAUAUCGCUAAGUGGCAAAAACAUGCGCUUAUCGACAGGACUAGAUCUAGGUUAUCGAUAACAGCACUAAUUUGUUGUCACUUUAAAUGAUUUCCAAAAAGUGUUAGCAAUAAUAAUCUAAAAGUAUGUUUUUGAAGGUAUUACAUUUAUUGGUGUCCAUAUUUUAUCAAACAAUUAGCCUGUAGCCUUGCGCAUGCAAUGAAUUUAGACACAGUUAUAAAACGAGCUGAAUUAAGGUUGUGAAUAUCAUUAGCACCACCAUCGAGCUUCCUUUUAUUCUGUGAAAGAGGAUGUACAUUAGAAUGCAAAGCCACUUUCCAGGCCGAGGUAAGCGAUUUUGCUCUUUUUUUUGUAUUGGUUUUAACGUGCAUAGGUUGUGACUCUCCUAUACACGGGACCAACAUUUGCGUCCUUUCCGAUGGACGGAGUGUUUUCCAACUGCAUUCACACCCUCACUGAACACAGCGGUGAGGCACGCUAACAUACAAUGCUAGCAUAAGAUUUUUUUUGUUAAACGUCUUCCGGCAUGCUGCGGGACUCGAACCCACGCACGUUGAGAUCUACGAUCUUAUCCGGAACAGGCGCUCUAACCGACUGAGCUACCCUGCCUCCUGAAGAGUUCCGGUGAGUAGUAAAAAGGUGUUUCGGCAAAUUUUAUUUCUGUAGUGUAAUGAAGCGAUGUUUGUCGACUUCUUCAAAAUCCAGACCCAAACACGGUUCGGUGUGCGAGGUUAGUAUAGCAUACUAACCUCGCAAUCGUAUGAGUGGUCUAAAGUGUUACGCGAAGUCAGUGAAGUGUUCUGUCUUCCCGUUCUAGAGUCUUUCAUUCACUCAGAGGUUGAAAAGUUCAAAGCAUGUAGAUUUUUUUUUAAUUGUUUUUUACUUGUUGCUGCUUAGAAGUAAAAUAUUGAUUUCAAAAGUGCCAAUAUUAAUUGGUGCCCACAUUUCAGUUGCACAUAUGCUGGAUUUGGACAGUUAUAAAACUACCAUGGGGCUGAAUUAAGGUUAUGAACUUAAUUAAUGCCACCAUUAGAAACCCUAGCUGUCCGAAGAAACAACAAAUGGUACACCAGGUUGUAUUAUAACUUUGUCUUCCCAAUAAAUAGCUAAAAUCAAUGGGUUCUGACAGUUUUUGUCUAGAUCUGCUCUGAUCUAAUGGUUGAUUGAUAAAUACUAAAUUUAGGAACCCAGUCAUUUGACUCGGUUCCUAGUUACAUUUAUUUAUCAUGUGCCAAGUCCUAUGCACAAGGCUGAUUGGUUUUCCUUAUUUAUAUUUGUAGAAAGAAAAAAUUUGUGCAAUCGAUUUCUGUAUUUUUCUCCAAUAGAUGGCCUCACAAAAAAUGCUUAUUAUACCAGAUAUUGUGCCCCAAAUCUAACAUUUAUCCACUAGAGGAAACAGGAAAAAAAUAUAGAAAUCUGUUUCUUCAUGUGUUUAUGGACAUUGAAAUGACUGGCUUUAGGUAGACUUCAAGGUCUACUAAUUUGUUGUAUGUCUGAACAUGAUGUAAAUCUCAACAAGAGCAGAAUCUUCUGAGCUUGCAACUGCAAGCCAUAUAUUUUUGUAAAAUGUACAUAUUGAAUGCUCUUACUGUACUACAUGUAACAUUAUUUCUGAAUGACAGAAUUUGAGAUACUGAACUUAUACUGAAAUUAUAUUGUGUAAAUACAAGAUUAUCAGGGAGGGAGAUUUGAGAUGGCUGAUGCUGAUCUAAUGCAAGAGGUCUCUCUUAAGAAGGAAUCCACAGAGAGAAGAAAAGAAUCUGAAAAAUCUUCAUCUCUAACUCUGACAGGCACUCAGGAAACAAAGUCAAUCCAGAAUGAUAGUGAAGGCAGAAAAAAAUCAAAGAAAGCAGCUAGGAAUGAUCAAAGAGCAGCUCUUAGAGCAGCAAAGAAGAAAGGAAGAAAAAAAGAGGAACACGUAGAUGGGGAUGUUGCUGUUCAAAUGACUGGUUUGGUGCUAGAUGAUUCCCCUCCACCAAGACCUACUGGUACUGGGUUGGUUUAUGAUGAAAGAUUCAAGGAGCAUUAUUGCCCUAUUGGAAGUGAUCAUGGGAAGAGUGAAUGUCCAGAGCGCUAUACAGUAUGCAUUAAGAAGCUCCAAGAAGGGGGACUGCUUGAUAGAUGUAAAAGAGUACCUUCUCGUGCUGCAUCAGAUGAGGAAAUAUUGAGUUUGCACAGCCAAGAAUACUUAGACACUUUGAAGAGAAUUGGUUCUUUAUCAUCAGAUGAGUUGAAGGAGCUUGCUGAGAGUUAUGAUUCUAUCUAUCUUUGUAAUAAAAGCUUUGAGAUUGCUCAGCUAACGUUAGGUGGACUGUUAGACUUGACAGAGAAAGUUGUUAAAGGAGAGCUGAGAAAUGGAUUUGCAUGCAUCAGACCUCCAGGGCAUCAUAGUCAGCGGAACCAAGCCAACGGAUAUAGUCUUCUUAACAAUGUUGCUCUGACUGCUAAAAUAGCCAAGACCAAGUGGAAUGUUGAUAGAAUACUGAUUGUAGAUUGGGAUGUUCAUCAUGGUCAAGGAAUUCAAUAUCUCACACAGGAUGAUCCAAGUAUAAUGUACUUUUCCAUGCAUCGCUAUGAGCACACAAGCUUCUGGCCUCAUCUUGAAGAAUCUAACUAUGAUAACAUUGGAGAAGAAUCUGGAAAAGGUUACAACAUCAAUGUGCCUUGGAACAAGAUUGGAAUGGGUGAUGCAGAAUACCUUGCUGUCUUUCAGCAGCUACUUAUUCCUCUAUCUUAUGAGUUCAAUCCACAGCUUGUCCUCGUGUGUGCUGGCUUUGAUGCAGUUGAAGGAGACCCUAAGGGUGAGAUGGUAGUAAGUCCUGACUGUUUUGGUCACAUGACACACCACCUGAUGGGAUUAGCACAAGGCAAGGUAGUGUUAAGUUUAGAAGGUGGAUACUGCUUAGAAGGCCUCAGUCAGUCAGCUACUAUAUGCACCAGAACACUUCUUGGAGAUCCAUGCAAGCCUCUAUCACAACUCAAACACAUCUCAGAAAAUUCAUUGGAAACCAUACACAAUGUGACUGAAGCCCUAAAACCAUACUGGAAGUGUUUUCAAUAUGAUCUUAACAAGUCAUCAAAUGAGGAGCCCAUUCAGAGUGAAGAUGUGAGUAGUACAACUCCAGAUGAAUCCCCAAGCACUUCAAGGAAGACUGAUGUGGAUACUACACUACUCAGAGAAAUCAUGAUAUCAACACCACCACACAGGACUGGACUAGUUUAUGAUGAGCGAAUGAAACUACACAGAACCUUCAAUCACCCAGAACGACCUGAGAGAAUAGCUAGGAUAUACAGCAAACAUCAAGAACAUGGAUUGUUAGAUAGAUGUAUCAGAUUACAGACAAGACAAGCUACAUUUGAAGAAAUGGAAACUUGUCAUUUAGCUGACAUGAUAGGAGAUAUCAGAGAGACAAGCAAGUACACAUCUAGAGAAUUGAUUGAUAUACAGGAUAAGUUUAAUCCUACAAGGUAUAGCAGAGACAUCUAUGUUCAUCCAGAUACGUAUCUGUGUGCGUCAUUAGCCGCUGGAUGUACUCUCAACCUUGUUGAUGCUGUCCUUUCAAACCAGGUCUUGAAUGCUGUUGGAAUUGUUAGACCACCAGGCCACCACGCUGAUAGCGAGACUGCAUCUGGUUUCUGCUUCUUCAACAAUGUUGCUAUUGCUUCCAGAUAUGCUCACAAUAAAUAUGGUGUUAAAAGAGUUUUGAUUGUUGACUGGGAUGUUCACCAUGGUAACGGAACACAGAGAAUCUUUGAGAGUGACCCAUCAGUUCUCUACAUCUCACUUCAUCGUCAUGAUAAUGGUAUGUUCUUUCCUAUUGGACCAGAGGGAGCAGCAGAUCAAGUUGGAAAAGGUGACGGACAAGGAUACAACGUCAACAUUGCAUGGAAUACAGGUAAUAAAGGCUUAAUGAGUGAUGCUGAAUACAUAGCUGCUUUUCAUCAUAUCAUCAUGCCUCUAGCAUACCAGUUCAACCCAGAGUUAGUUUUCAUUUCUGCUGGUUUUGAUGCUGCAAAGGGAGAUCCCCUGGGGAAUUGUUUGGUAUCACCAGAAGGCUAUGGUCACAUGACCCAUAUGCUUAGCAGUCUCGCUGGUGGGCGUGUCAUUACUGUGUUAGAGGGAGGUUACAACUUGCAUUCCAUAGCUGUUUCCAUGGCGAUGUGCACCCGCAUCAUGUUAGGUGAUCCGUGUCCUGACCUUUCACCUGGUAUUCCAUCAUGCUGUGGGAUGCAAGCAAUCUAUGAUGCUGCCAAGUCUCAUCAGAAGUUUUGGUCAUCCAUGAAAGAUAAAGUAUGUUUCUUGGAGACAAUGAUCUAUAAAGAAAAUGACACUGAAGAUUCUCUCUCUUCAUCAAAUGCUGCACCAAGGGUUGAAGUGACCUCGUUGGAACCAGAGAGAGUUGAUGAGGUUUCAUCUUCAAGAUUGGAUGAUGGAGAGAAGAUGAUCAAUGAAGAAGAUGGAAUAAAAGAUAUCUUAGAAGGAAUAUCAGGGAUGAAUCUUCAGCAGUCAAGAGAGGAAUCUCCAGGAGGAGGAAGAGGUGCCAAGGAUGAAGUUAUACAUGAUGAUGUUCCUGAAGAUGAAGCACUAGGAGCAUGUGGUGUAUCAGAUCAAGCUACAACUCCAGAAGCAGAAGAUAACAUCAUUAGUAGCAUUCAACGAUCAUUUGGUCCUGAAGUAGAGAUGCAUGCAGUGAUUCCUCAGCCAUGGUGCCCUCAUUUAGAAUCUGAUGUAAGACCUCUACCUUUUUAUGGACUAGAUGUAUCAUUACCUUGCACGGAUUGUGGUGAUACCAAAGAGAAUUGGGUGUGUUUACACUGCUAUCAGGUAAGGUUAUAACACUCAAUCCCCAGUCACUUUAUUAAGCAAUCACUGCACUGUUUACAAGCAUAUAUCAAGACUUUUUUUUUUACUAUAGACAUUGAUUGCUGUAAGAAGUACCUCCAUGCACAGUUCCUUAUUGAAAUUCUAUUGCAAGGCAUGUUCAAUCCAUAUUGUUGGUAAAGUGCUAAUUGGUUUCCACUAACUUUGUCUACUUUCCAUUUGGUCUCAUCCCCCAUGGUCUAAUCCUCAUUCAUCUACAACCAUUUCAACUGUCUACUCGCCAUUUGGCCUAAUUGCCAUUUAGCCCUUCAUCAUUUUGUCUAGUGUCCCCUUGGUAAAACAGCACAUGGUCUGUAUGUUUAGAUACUGUUCAUGAAUUAAAUAUUCAUUUGACAAAGUGGAAAUGAGGCCAUCUGGGCAUAAGACCAAGUAAUGGAUUGACCAACCAGCAAGUAGACCAUAUUAUUGAUAGACCAAGUGGGUUUACAUAUAACGGUGUAAGAUGAGCUGAAAAUUAUUUAUGCCAUCUGCUAGCAUACCAAGUGGAUUCAGAUAUGGGACAUCUCCCCCAGAGCAAUCAUUUCACUGCUUAUAGUCAUCAAUAAGCUUUUUCAGAAUUGAUAUUUUCAUUAAAGGAAUUACUAAUUACUUCAAUACCGGUAUACCGACAAAUAUAAUGUUAAUUCCCAAUUCAUUGUGCAAACAGUGUCCAAUGUUUAGCCCUGCUAUGGCCUCGGAUAAAGAGUGGGUGGGUGCUUGCGGUCAGCUAAAGAAUGCUCAUCAUGUUCCGCUCUUAUAGACAUAUAUUAAAAAAUUAUGACGAAGUCAAGACUUGAGCUUUGCCAAUCAUUACUAACCUUAGAUUUUCAAAUGGAAAUAAUCUUGAUUUGUUUAAAAGUCCAUACAGGCCUUGUUUUCUCCCUUGUGUAAAACCCUCUCCCCCUUGACUUCUUAUUCCCCGCCUCUUUCACUCUUUCUUGAUCUCCACAGCCCCUUAAUUCCCCACCUUCUCUUUCCAAUUGGCCCAACCUCUCCCCUUCACCACCCCCUCUCUCUCGCUCUCCCCCACUCUUACCACAAACAAUCAAAGGACACGUCCACCCCAACAAAAUUUGAUUUGAAUAUAAAGAGAAAAAUCGAACUAGCAUAUCACCGAAAAUUUCAUCAAAAUCGGAUGUAAAAUAAGAAAGUUAUGACAUUUUAAAGUUUCGCCAAAUGUCACAACAUAGUUAUAAGCACAUCCUGGUCGGUAUGCAAAUGAGGAGACUGAUGACGUCAUCCUAUCACUAUUUCUUUUGUAUUCUAAUUUUAUCCUCAUUGUCAAGUGAAACAAUUAAUUUCUCCCUGAACAUGUGGAAUCAUCAUUGUUUAAUACUAUAUGGUUCUGUCAAGUUGGUCCCGAUAGUCAAAUCUGUAAAAAAUGAAAUAUUGUAUAAUUCAAACAAUAAAAAACAAAAGAAAUAGUGAGUGAGGGACAUUAUCGACUAUCUCAUUUUCAUGCCACCGAGUUGUUCAUAUCACUGUUUUGUGAAAAAUAAGCAUAACUUUAAAAUCAUAAUAAUUUUUUAAAAUUUUACAUCCGAUUUUGAUGAAAUUUUCAGCGUUAUGCUAGUUUGAUUAUUCUCUAUUCAUUAAAAUCAACAUUUUCUGGGGUGGACUUACCUUCAACAUCCUCUUCUUGUCCGAGUCUUGAUCUCCCCCCCCCCCUUUUUUUUUCUAUUUCUCUCUUCUUUCGCCCCCAAGUCCUGGUCAUCAAUACUCUUUCUCUCAUUUUAAUAAUGUAAAUUCUUCUAUCUUUCACACAUGCCAAAAUUGAGUUAAUCAUCAUCGUUAUCAUCAUGCCACCAUUCCAUCAUAAAUCUAAAUUAUAAUCAAUCCAAUAGUUUAUUUAAAUUUUCAUUUUAUUCAUGACCGCACAUGUGCAAAAAGGAUACAGCACCCAUCACAAAUCACAUAAAUAUUCCCAGCAAUUUUCUUCCAUUCGCGAUCAGUUCACAGAUCAUUUUCAAAAUAAAGCAAGACGGACGGCGUAACGUUUUUUCCUGUUAACAUUUUUCUUUCUUUUUUUUCUUAUUUUUUUUAUGGGGGGGGUCAGACAAACUUUAUAGCAUAUAGUAUAGUAUAAAAGUAAACUUGCCAUCAUAGGCCUACAUACAGUCGUAGGUAUAAGAUUAUUAUAGUCACACCCCCCCCCCAAAAAAAGAAAUAAUAAUAAUAAAAAAAAACUCAAUUAAAAUCCCAUUGAAACAAGUUAAGAGCAGUAAGUUGCCUAUUUGUCCG